AUGAACUCCAUGUGGAUGAUAGCCAUCACGUUUUUAUCUAUCGGUUACGGUGACAUCGUUCCAAACACGAUAUGCGGCAGGGGCAUUGCCGUCUGCACGGGUAUAAUGGGAGCGGGCUGUACUGCGCUGGUCGUGGCAGUCCUAGCAAGGAAACUGGAGCUGACGCGAGCCGAGAAACAUGUACAUAACUUUAUGAUGGACACACAGCUCACAAAACGGUUGAAAAACUCGGCGGCCAACGUGCUACGGGAAACGUGGUUGAUAUACAAAUACACGAAGCUCGUAAAAAGAGUCAACGCGACGAAGGUUCGGACUCACCAAAGAAAAUUUCUCAUGGCAAUUUAUGGUUUAAGGAAGGUGAAAAUGGAUCAGCGGAAACUAAUGGACAAUGCUAGUACGCUGGUGGAUCUCGCAAAGACGCAAGUGUCCGUCUAUGAGAUGGUCGCCGACAUGUACAACCAGGGAAACCUGCUCACCGACAGAAUAGACCGCAUGGAGAAAAGCGUCGUCGAUCUACAGGACAAACUCGAAUGCCUACCCGUGCAGAUAGCGCGACAGUUACAACAGCAGCAGCAGCAGCAACAGCAGCAGCUGCAGCAGCAGCAGCAGCCGCAGCAGGGUCCGUAUAAGCGUCAGAACAACCGCGGGCCGUUCGUGCCGCGGCAAGCGUCGCUAACGCUACCCGAGACGCAGAACUUACUCCAUAAGGAAGCGUUGCCACGCCAGAGCAGUCUGCAGCAGCAUCAGUUCCCGCGCCAGAGCAGCACGGCGAGCUCGGGCUGCAACGCCAGCCCGCGCAUGUCGCCCAGCCCCGAAAUGCCGCGGCUGAACUUUCAGAAGACGAGCCCGACGCCGUCGCCGCCAGGAUCGCGUCAUUCGCCGAUAGAGCAGGAAUGA